UCCAACUACUAAUACGAAUAGAAUACGUAGGAUUUCCACCAAUCUGUGUAAUUUUUUAACCAUUUCCAUAGUGCCUAGUGGUGGCUUGUUAUUAUCCAAAUAGUUCAAAACUUUUGUUUGCAUUCAGUUUCAACUCCAAUUCAAAAGCACAAAACAAUUCAAUGGAGAAUGGCAGCGAGUCUAAGCCGUCAGUGAUGGUCACAAAUGACGACGGAAUUGAUGCUCCCGGCUUGAGAUCUCUUGUUCGCGUUCUUGUCUCCUCUAAUCUCUUCAAUGUCCUCGUUUGUGCUCCCGAUUCUGAAAAAUCAGCUGUUAGCCAUUGUGUCUCAUGGCAACACCCUCUUUCCGUCAAGAAGGUGGACAUCAGUGGAGCAACAGCCUUUGCUGUUUCUGGAACCCCAGCAGACUGCACUUCCAUCGGGCUCUCCAAAGUGCUCUUCCCCUUUGUACCUGAUCUGGUUGUCAGUGGUAUUAAUAAGGGUAGCAAUUGCGGUUAUCACAUUGUUUACUCAGGGACAGUGGCUGGUGCACGAGAGGCUUUCUUCAAUGGUGUUCCUUCUGUCUCAUUGUCAUAUGAAUGGGUUGCUGGAAAAAGCAAGGAUGAUGAUUUCGUAUUGGCCGCUGAAGCUUGCAUGCCAAUCAUUACAGCUAUAUCGACUGAGAUCAAGAAUAAUACUUAUCCUCAAAAUUGCUUUCUUAACAUAGAUGUACCAGCCGAUGUUGCCAAUUGCAAGGGUUAUCGUCUGACGAAGCAAGGCAAGACUAUUUUCAAAAUGGGUUGGAGGCAAGUUGUUUCAGAAGCACAAGGAGGAAGAAUGUUAUCCACAAUGACAAUGGAUUCAUCAGCUAGUAAAGAGGCAUCUGUGGAAGAGAGCACCUUAAGCACAGAACAAGAACACCUAAUAUUUAAGAGAGAAGUUAGGGGAUCACAAAUGGAUGAAGGUGAUAAUGAUUACUCUUUCCUUCGACAAGGAUAUAUAACUGUUACACCCCUUGGCGCCUUAUCUCCUCCACCGAUGGAUGGAGUUGAAUUCUUCGAAGGAUGGCUGCCUGGUGUGCACUAGCGUGUCUCUUCCUCUGCUUAAUAGUGCUCGGAGGAUGCUGCUAUAACAAGGUACUUGCAGCUGAUCAGUCCAUACAUUACAUAAGUCCUGCAAAUGCUUUUCAUUCUUAUCUCUAUCAUCCUUCCACAGUUCAAUGAUUGUUCUUGUACUCCAAAUUUAUGUGACCAUAAUGAACUAGUUGUAAUUAAGUAAUUUCUUUUCUUAGAUGGCAUUGCUAGUGUAACUGCACUCCCAGAUCAAGAAAAGCUGCUUCUUAUAAUA